CUUCAUAUUGAAGCCUCUCUCACACACAUACAGACAAGAUAGAUGGAGGUAUCGAUCCAGUCAAUUGCACUAGCGACGAUUCUAACCGUCCUAACGACAUGGGCAUGGAGAGUGCUGAACUGGGUGUGGCUGAGGCCGAAGACGCUCGAGAGGCUCUUGAGACAGCAAGGCUUCUCUGGCAAACCCUACACUUUCCUGUUCGGAGACCUCAAGGAGGACUCGCGGCUGUUCAGGGAAGCCUACUCCAAGCCCAUCGCUCUCUCUGACGACAUCAAGCCUCGUGUCUUGCCUUUCUGGCAUCAAUCCUCCCAGACAUAUGCCAAAGACUCGUUCAUGUGGAUAGGCCCAACACCGAGAGUGAAUAUAACGAACCCCGAACAGAUAAAGGAGAUCUUCUCCAAGAUAUACGACUAUCCCAAGCCAGUCUUCCAUCCCCUGUUGAGGUCGAUCGCUGAUGGACUCUUGACCCACGAGGGCGAGAAAUGGGCUCGGCACAGGAAGAUCAUCAAUCCAGCAUUCCACAUGGAGAAGUUGAAGCUUAUGUUGCCGGCGUUUUAUUCAAGUUGCACUGGAAUGGUUGAUAGAUGGGAGAAGUUGGUAUCAGUAGAGAGAUCAUGUGAGGUCGACGUGUGGGUCGACCUUCAAAAUUUGACCUGUGACGUGAUCUCUCGGACGGCAUUUGGCAGUAGCUUUGAAGAAGGCAAAAGGAUUUUCAUACUUCAGAAGGAACAAGCCCAGCUCGCAAUUAAAUUCCUUCAAUCGAUCUACAUCCCCGGCUGGAGGUUUGUGCCGACUAGUGUGAACAGGAGGAUGAAGAAUAUAGGAAAGGAAGUGCGGUCUCUGCUCAUGGACAUUGUCCGCAGAAGAGAGAAAGCAAUGAGGGCAGGGGAAGCUGCUAGCGAUGAUCUAUUGGGGGUGUUGCUGGAAUCAAACAUGAAAGAGAAUGUUGGGAUGAGCCUUCACGACGUGAUCGAGGACUGCAAGCUUUUCUACUUCGCCGGACAAGAGACCACUUCGGUCUUGCUGGUUUGGACCAUGGUCUUGUUGAGCGUGCACUCGGAUUGGCAAGCCCGAGCCAGGGAGGAGGUCCUCCAAGUCUUUGGAAGCAGAAAACCUGACUUUGACGGGAUAAGCCACCUCAAGAUUGUCACAAUGAUCUUGAAUGAGGUCCUGAGGCUCUAUCCACCGGCAAUCAGGCUGCAACGCAUGGUUCACAAGGAAACAAAACUCGGGAAGCUGACAAUACCUCCAGGAGUCCAUCUAUUCGUGUCGCCUCUCUUUGUCCACCAUGAUAAAGAACUAUGGGGUGAGGAUGCCCAGGACUUCAGGCCAGAGAGGUUUGCCGAGGGUGUGUCCAGGGCCACCAAGAACCAAGUCUCCUUCUUCCCAUUCGGAGUGGGCCCUCGCAUAUGCAUUGGCCAGAACUUCGCGUUGAUAGAGGCGAAGAUUGCGCUCGCCAUGAUACUACAACGAUUCACAUUCGAGCUCUCUCCAUCUUAUGCACAUGCUCCUUUCACUGUCUUCACCCUCCAGCCUCAGCAUGGUGCUCAGGUCAUCUUGCACAGGGCAAACUAAAACUCGCAGAUCUGGGUGUCAUGUACUGUAGACGAACACGUGUAUUAAAGAUGAUACACCAAAUGUGAUUUGAUGUGUCAAAAGAAUAAGUGCAAAAUAUAGAGAUGAAAAUAA